AUGGCCUCAAGACUGGACUCUCCUUUCGAUCUGGAACGAUGUGGCCCAGCUGUGGACUUAGCUUUGGAUAAAGUGAACGAAAAGUUCCUCGCGCAUCACAAUGUCGAACUGCAAAAAGUUCAGGGAAGUUAUCCAACGUGCUCUGGAGCUCUCGCUCCGGGGUUAGCGGCGGACAUGCACUUUAAAGACGACGUUAUAGCUUUUGUUGGACCCGCCUGCGCUUUUGCCCUUGAACCAGUGGCCAGAUUGGCUGCAUACUGGAAUACACCAAUUAUUACUGGAAUGGGAGAUCAGCCUCCUUCAGAAGGAGAGUUAGCGGCGCCUGCGAGUGUCGUUAGUCGGAUGCAUAGAUUGAGAAACUUGCGCAAGGGAACUAGACCUCAAACAUUGUUCAACGACAAAGGCAAGUACCCAACACUCACACGAAUGUCGUAUUGCCAGUGUCGUUUGCCGCGCGUCUUUACCAGCGUUUUUGAGCGAUUUGGAUGGGCUCACGUAGCUUUACUACUGGACAAAUCUGAUUUAUUUUCACUAACAGUUGGAAAAUCCUUGGAGUGGGGUUUGAGAAAGGAAGGAGUGCUCAAGGCCGUGAGGGAAUUAGAUGGAAAUGAAAGAGAAUCUUGCGAAGCUCUACUUAAGGACGUUAGCAUGUACGCAAGGGUUGUUAUUCUCAGUGUAAGAGGAUCUUUGGUUCGGGAAUUCCUGCUCGCGGCGCACUCUCUCGGCAUGACGCGUGGUGACUGGGCUUUUCUAGAUGUGGAAAUAUUUCAGGGUGGUUACUGGGGAGAGACAGGGUGGGCGGCGGGGGAUGAGCGUGAUGCUGCAGCCCGCGCUGCCUACGAAGCGUUAUUACGCGUAUCCCUGAAACUGCCCACCGGCGAUCGUUUUGACGAGUUUGCCGAUACCGUGCGGGCUAGAGCUAAAUUGCACUAUAAUUAUAGUUUUUCGGAUGGUGAAGAGGUGAACUUCUUUAUAGGCGCGUUUUAUGAUGGCGUUUACUUGUUGGGUAUGGCGUUAAAUGAAACAUUGACAGAGGGCGGGGACAUUCGGGACGGAAGGAAUAUUACGCGACGUAUGUGGGGGAGGGAUUUCCAUGGUAUCACAGGUCACGUGCGCAUCGACUCCGUAGGAGAUAGAGAUGCUGAUUAUGCCAUUUUGGAUUUGGAUCCUGUGACUGGAAAAUUUGAAGUUGUAGCUUUUUACCAUGGCUUGAAUAUGAGCUACAAGCCUGUAGCAGGUAAAGCCAUCCACUGGCCCGGCGGUAGACGCGGGCCGCCUCCUGACAAGCCUCGCUGUGGCUUUCUUGGAACUGACCCUAUGUGUCAGGGAGAGGCCCAGGCAGUUUUGAUAUAUUGCUUUAUUGGGCUGGCUGUUUUCUUAACGCUCGCCUUUACCGCAGGUUGCGUGGCCUACAAGCAAGUGCGAAUAGAUGCGGAACUAAACAACACGUCGUGGCGCGUUCGUCCCGAGGAGGUAUUAGUCGAAGUCGGCACAGGUCUCGGCUCGAGUCCCGCCCUACACAGCAUUAACGAAGUGCUUAAGCUAUCCUUAGGAUGGAGCACUCGUAGCUCAAAUUCUACAGGUGUGAGUCAUUCUCUCACACUCUCUUCUUUUACGGUUGGCUUAUAUAAGGGCAAUCGUGUGGCUGUCAAGAAGAUACAUAGGAAAAAAUUGGAUUUAAACAAAAAAUUACUUUGGGAAAUAAAGCAAGCACGUAACGUAUCUCACGAGAAUACCGCGCGUUUUAUCGGCGCUUGUGUCGAUUGUCCGCUGGUCUUCAUUCUUACCGAGUACUGUCCGAAAGGAUCUUUGAAAGACGUUCUUGCUAAUGAAGAAUUACAACUGGAUUGGAAUUUCAGGACUUCACUUGUGCAUGAUAUUGUUCAGGGCAUGUGUUAUCUACAUAGUGGACUUGGGGCGCACGGCAAGUUGCGGUCUUCAAACUGCCUCAUCGACGGGCGCUUUGUGUUAAAGAUAUCCGACUACGGUCUCAACACACUUUGCACGCCCACUGAUUUGAUUAAAGACGACGCCUAUUAUUACAAACUGCUAUGGACAGCACCGGAACUCGUGGCGGGCAGCGUGUACCCGGGCGUGGUGGCCUCCCUCAAGGGAGACGUCUACAGCUUCGGCAUCAUCCUCGAAGAGAUUGUGCUACGCGCGGGCCCCUUCCAUCAUUAUACGGCCACGAUGACUAAUAAAGAGAUAGUGUCCCGCGUGUGCGCGCACGAGGCGCCCGCGUUCCGGCCCGUGGUGGCGCUGCGCGAGGUGGGCAGCGCGGGCGGCGCCGCGGCCGAGCUGCUGGAGCUGGCGGCGCGCUGCUGGCUCGACGCGCCCGACGACCGGCCCUCCUUCGACGCUAUUAAUGCUAAUUAUAUCAAAGGAUAUUGUGACAACUUGAUGGAUGAUCUUUUACGUCGCAUGGAGCAAUAUGCUAACAAUCUCGAGUCCCUCGUAGAAGAGAAGACCGAACAGCUGUCUUUGGAAAAGAAACGAUCGGAGGAACUGCUUUACCAAGUACUUCCACGCCCCGUGGCCCAACAACUGAUGGCGGGUGAAGUGGUCCAGCCGGAGAGUUUCGAAUGCGUCACGGUCUACUUCAGCGACAUCGUGGGCUUCACGGAGCUGUGCGCCGCCUCCACGCCGAUGCAGGUCGUGGACCUCCUCAAUGACUUGUACAGCACGUUUGAUAGGAUUAUCGGAUAUUACGACGUGUAUAAGGUAGAGACGAUCGGAGACGCGUACAUGGUAGUGUCGGGGCUGCCGCAGCGCAACGGCGACCUGCACGCGCGCGAGAUCUGCCUGAUGGCGCUGGCCGUGGUGGACGCCGUGCGCGGGUUCGUCGUCCGGCACCGCCCCGCUCACAGGCUGGAGGUGCGUGUGGGUGUUCACUCGGGGCCGGUGUGUGCGGGCGUCGUGGGGGUUAAAAUGCCCCAUUAUUGUCUCUUUGGAGAUACUGUCAACACCGCUAGCAGGAUGGAGUCUACUGGACAGCCAUUAAGGAUUCAUCUAAGCGAAAACACAAGAAUAUUACUUGAACAAUGGGGUACUUUUGUAGUGGAGAGACGUGGGGAGGUGGAACUAAAAGGGCGCGGUCGAAUGCUCACGCACUGGUUAUUGCAUUGUUCCGAACCUGAAGCGAGGCUCGUCACCCAAGAGCCCCAGCCUCCCCCACAAUAUCCUAUACUGUUUCCAGCUUUACCUCAACCUGCUAUCUUACAUACACCCUAUUUGGUAGUGGAUCCACCGACGCUGACAGCU